GUUGAUGAGAGAGCGAGAGUGUGAGCGCGCAAGAGUGAAUUUCACUCCGAUGAGCAUCAAAUUUUGCGCUGGUCUUCGUGUUUAGAUUGUUAUCGCCGAGUUGAGCUGGAGUCGUCGUCGUAGUGAACGCGUUUGCCUGAUCGGCACUGUCAGACUUGUUGUUUGUCGUACUCGUACAUCGCGGAAUUUGUUCUGAAGAAUUGCGGAAGACGCGUGCAGAAUUCCAGCAGAACUGUUGGUUAUCGAUCAGCGCAUUACGUCACCUGAAGAUCUGCCCGGACGCCGUACACGGAACUAGCAGAACAUCGUAAACCGCGAGCAUGGAGUCCGCUGGUCAACGAAGUUGCGUAGUGCUACUGUUUCUGCUGGCAUCGCUCGUGUCAUCGGAGACCGUGUCCCAGCACCAAUCAAACCAGAUACAAACGAACCUGCCUUUAUCGCUGCCACCACCACCGCCGCCAUCGUUGGACCCCGAAGUCGUUUCCCUCAACAAUGACUUUGAUUGGAAGCUGGUAAAGGAAGUUUUCCAGCGCGAGCAACAAAACACAAUUUUCUCGCCGUUUUCCGUCAAGUUGCUGCUCACGCUGCUGUACGAGGCGGCAGGUGAAAACAGCACCACCAAGCGUGAACUCUCCAAGGCCCUGGUCGGGGUGAAUCUGGACAAGAGCCGGGAGCUGUAUCGGGAGUUCCUGGAAAGUUCAACGAAGGAGAACGGCAACUACGAGUUCAACAUUGGGACACGUGUCUACGUGGACGAUGACGUGGCGAACGUUACCGCCAAUUACACCGAACUGGUGGAGUGGUGCUACAAAACCAACAUCGAACGGGUUGACUUUGGCAAAACGACGGAAACGGUCGCCAGGGUGAACGACUGGUGUUCUAACAUUACCCACGGACAUCUGAACGAGCUGGUGACUGAAGAUCACAUCAAAAACUCGGUGAUGAUCAUCGCGAACGUACUCUUCCUGAAGGCUUCGUGGCGCAACUCCUUCGACGAGAACAACACCCGCAAGCGAGAGUUCCACGUCAGCCCGAACCACAGCACCAAACCAGAGUUCAUGGAACAAACCGACAUCUACGCGUACCUGGACGACCCGGAACUUCAGCUCGAGGUGGUCCGACUACCGUACAAGGGUCGCCUCUUCUCGAUGUACAUCGUGCUCCCGUACGCAAACCGAACGCUGGACCAAAUGGUGUCGACCCUAACGGCGGACAACCUAAUCAAACUAGAGAGUAAAUUACUCCGCGAAGAAGUGGUUGUGGUCAUCCCCAAGUUCAAGUUUGACUACGGAGCCACCCUCAACGAUGCCCUGACCACGCUUGGCAUUUCCGAGGUGUUCACCAACCGGGCGUCGCUGCCACAACUCUCGGGAGGACUAAAUGAAACCCUGCAGGUCUCCAAAAUACUCCAGAAAGCCGGCAUCGAGGUCAACGAAAAGGGAACGCUUGCCUUUGCGGCGACGGAAAUUCAGCUGGUGAACAAGUUCGGAAUUGAUGACAAUCCGAUCGAGUUUAUAGCUGAACGGCCCUUCAUGUUUUACAUCAAAGACGAGGAAUCGGACGCACUGUUGUUCGUGGGGAAGGUGCAAGAUCCGAUGGUGGCGCCAGGGACCCAUGGGACCACGAGGAAUUUGACCCCCGCGAGAGAUUCCACCCAGCUCGGCGUUGUCCUGGAAGAUGCGGUUGAUUCCGAGCUGCUGAAGGAUCAAGAUCAUCGAGAAGCGCCCGUUGACGUACGGAAGUCGAAGGACCUUGGCGUUCAGCUGGGGUGGUUCGGAGUAGUAGUGAUCGACGAUCUGCUUCAUGAACGGAACCUGAACUGUGCGGCCGUCGCCGGUAUUAAAGGGUUGCGUUGCUGUGGCAGCUUCCGGGAAGAUCAUCACCAUCAUCAUUCUCGGAUUCUCACCGCGCGAGUUUGUGUUCAGUUGCUGCCGAAGACCGAUCAAGGAAGGAUCACUUUUUUGAAACCAGACACCACGAGUGAGCGCUCCAAGAUGAGCGCAAUUUUUGUGAUAUUCUGCUGUGUUCUAGCAGCAUUCAGCGUCAAGGCAACUGAUGUGGAAAUACCUGAUGAGGGACCAUUUCGCGAUACAAGAAAUGUUGAAUUUGACUGGAAGCUAACCCAGAGCAUCUUCUCAACGCAACGCGCCAACACGGUGAUCUCGCCAUUUUCGGUAAAAAUCCUCCUCGCCCUACUGUACGAGGCCAGCAACGAUGCGGCCAACAUCGGCGAAACGCUCACCAAGCGCGAGCUGCGACUGGUGCUGGAACCGAACGGUAACCUGAACGACACCCGGUCCAAGUACCGCAUGUUCCUGGACUCCGCUUUGAAACCCAACUCGCUGUACGACUUCCAAAUCGGCACCAAGUUCUUCGUGGAUGAGUUCAUCGACGUCAUCUCCAAGUAUCAGAUCAUCUCGUACGAGUACUACAACGCCACGGUGGACAAGGUGCCGUUCUCGAAGCCGCAGGUUGCGGCUAAGCAGAUCAACGACUGGGUCUCCAAAACUACCAACGGUCGCAUCAACGAGCUUGUUAAUGCUGAGGGUGUGGAAGGAGCCGUCAUCACGCUGGUGAACGCCCUGUACUUCAAGGGACUGUGGAAGUAUCCGUUCCCGGAGAAUGGUCCCAAGCGUACCUUCAACGCAGCUGGUCGAAAGGUCCAGGCCAAUUACAUGGAACAAAACGCCCAACUGUACUACGACGAUUCGGCCACGCUGGGAGCUCAGUUGCUGCGAAUGCCAUACCAGGGAGGCAAAUUCGCCAUGUACUUCAUGCUGCCUCACCAGGGUCAGACCGUGGACGAUGUUGUGAGCCGUAUCACGCCGCAGAGUCUGCACCAGGCGCUGUGGUACAUGGACGAGUCGGACGUUAACGUUACCAUUCCCAAGUUCCGGUUCGACUUUUCCGAGGAGAUGAACAAGCCUCUUCAGGAUAUCGGAAUCCGUGAAAUCUUUUCGACCAACGCAUCGCUGCCACUGUUGGCCCGCGGCAAGGGCACCCGGGAUCAGGUCCGAGUGUCGAAGGUGUUCCAGAAGGCCGGCGUCACCGUCAACGAGGUGGGCAGUGAAGCCUAUGCCGCUACGGAAAUCCAACUCGUCAACAAGUUCGGCGGUGACGGCACCCAGAUCUUCAACGCCAACCGGCCGUUUGUGUUCUUCAUCGAGGACGAGCACACCGGUUCGCUGCUGGUCGUAGGAAAAGUCGAAGAUCCCACCAAGUGAGAAACUCCUUGGCCGGGAACACGCAAUCACCCUUUCAAAUGAAUAAAGAAUACUCUCGCUAAUGGGAAUUUGCCUUGUCCAUGCCAA